AUGACAUUUCACAGUUCUGAUCCCAAUGUCCGCUCGAACUUGGUCAAUGAACAUCAUAUCAUAAACAACGGCAAAGACUUCAACUUUUAUUGCAACACAUCCAGCUCUUGUCACAUUGGCAAUGCUCUUUACUUUAUCGCUCGCUCCUCUGAGCAAAGCCUACAUUACAUCUCCGGAUGCAACAGUGGUAGUCAUAAUGUACGAUAUGUGAAGAACGAUGAAGAAUUGAGUUCCAUAACUAUGUGCAAUAUGCAUCCCAACCAUGAAGAUUUUUAUAUCUGCAGCGAUAACGAUGGCAUUUUCAGUUGCACUCCCAAUCACGUUGGCUACUUUGUCCAACACUUUUCAAAGUAUGACAUUUAUUACCACGAUGGCGGCAACAGCAACAACGAUGGCGGAAACAGCGCCUAUGCCAACAGUUACAAUUACUACCAUUACAACCACCACCAUCACUACAGCAGUUACAGCUACAUUAACAAUUAUUUUAACAAAACUAUUAAUGACGUUGGCUCAAGCAGCGUACCAGUAGAAAAUAGUAACAUUAAUGCUAUCGUUGUAUAUACCAAUGCUCCCAUUCGCACACACAACGCAUGCAAAAACAACAAGGCCGAACUCGAUAUUAUCAAUGGCGUAAUUUUGGCCGACUAUAAAGACUGUAUUGUUUAUCUCGAAUUGCCAUCGGAAGAAGAUAUUCUUAACAUGAUUAAGAUGUGGCGAAAACGUGGGAGGGGUACGAAGCGUGUUAAUUUAUUUAUGGUGUAUCGCGCGCUCUUAUCCAAAAAUCUAGAAUACAAGAAAAAAGAGUUCCAGAAUGGCGGCUUUCAAUGCUAUAUUAGCGAAUUUGCAAGCAAGACCUGGCGGAAAAAAUCCGAGUCUGCUAAAAAGGCAAUAGAAACUCUUGCGGUUAAAAUUAACAUGUAUAUAGAAGAAGCAAAUAUUCGGAGCACACUUUAA